UCCGCCGCCCCCGCCACGCAUCUCUCUUUCGGAAAGGACACCCGAGCACCCGACCGCCGCGGCGCCGCAAAAUACUCCCCAUUCCUCGCUCACCCGCACGCGCUCCGCCGCACCGGUAUUAUUAAUCACGGCCCCGAUCCCUCCCCGAUCCCUCCCCGAUGCCCCCUCGCCCCGCCCCACUCCUCUCCCGCCUCUGCGCUGCCGCCGUCACCACCCGUCCCUCCUCCGCGGCGCCGCUGCGCUGCGGCCGCCACGCUCGCCUCGCGAGCCCCUUCGCUCUGCCCCCGCCCUGCCCGCGCUUCCCCCGCUCCGCCGCGGUCUCGCCGCUCGUGCUGCGCCCGAUCGCCGGCGGGUUCGCGUUGUUCAGCAUGGCUGCCGCCGCCUCCUCCGCCAGCUCCGUGCACGACUUCACCGUCAAGGAUGCUAGCGGGAAAGAGGUGGACCUGAGCACCUACAAGGGGAAGGUGCUGCUCAUCGUAAAUGUUGCAUCCCAGUGUGGCUUGACCAAUUCCAACUACACAGAGCUGAGCCAGCUGUAUGAGAAAUACAAGGACCAGGGUUUCGAGAUCCUUGCUUUCCCAUGCAACCAGUUUGGUGGCCAGGAACCUGGGACUAAUGAGGAGAUUGUCCAGUUUGCUUGUACUCGCUUCAAGGCUGAGUAUCCAAUUUUUGACAAGGUUGAUGUUAAUGGUGACAACACUGCACCCAUCUACAAGUUCCUGAAGUCCAGCAAAGGCAGCCUCUUUGGCGAGAACAUCAAGUGGAACUUCUCCAAGUUCCUUGUCGACAAAGAGGGGCGUGUUGUGGAGCGGUAUGCACCAACCACAUCCCCACUCAGCAUCGAGAAGGACAUCAAGAAGCUACUUGGGAGUUCUUCAACCUUGUAACUGGGACCAGUAGCUGCAGUGCUGCAUUGCAUCGAGCACCUGAUGCCUCAGGGAUGUUGUAAUAAAGCUGUCCUUAGAACUGAGAUGUUUUUUACUGUAUUUCCUCUGCACGCCCUGUCGUGUGGUAAAUGCCAUCUAAUAAAUUUGAUGCAAUGCCUGAUUUCUCUUGCAAAAGUUCUCUGGUAAA